AUGGACUCGGCGAGUGCAGCUUCCCCAGACCGACCGCAGCUGGAAAAAACGUGCCUCCCGAAAGCAACGGUAAAUGCCGUUGGUGCUGUGAACGAGGAGGGUGAGGACGAGGAGGAGAAGAAUGGUGCUGCCGGUGGUGAUGGUGAUGGCGCUUGCUGUAUGAGCGAUGCGGCGAGCGGGGAGCAAGCGGAGGAGUGCACCGACGGUGAUGUGGAUCUCCCGCUCGGUCGGGUCGGGUCCCCUCCAUCGUUGGUGGUGGUGGCCGACGGUGGUGAGCAUUCCUACUGCGAGCUGGCAGAGCAACCCACCGAUGAGCACGCUGCGGUGCCGAGCACUGCCGAAGAAGCAACGCUACCCGCCCCAACGGUGCAGGUACCGGAGGCGUCCGAGCAGUUGGCAGCAGCAGAGCGGCUGAUGUUUAUAACGGCACUUGCCCCCAGCGGCGUGGAGGCUCCCGCAGCCGAGAUCAACCAAGUGGCGGAGAACCACAACACUUUGGCCACGAUCGUCAGCGAUCACGGAGCAACUACGAUCAACGGUGCGCAACCGCAGCAGCAGCAGAUCGUGUACAUACACGGUACGUCAACGGACGAGCCCGCAGCAGCGACGUCAACAACGGCAUUGCCCUCAGCGCUGGUACACUGUAGCGCACCGCCACACAGCAACGUCGUGCGAAUACAGAUCAUCCCGGCGGAGUGUGACCAGCAGUCGAUUCCACCAACACCGCUGGAGGAUUGCAAUAACAACAGCGUACGUGGCGCUGGUGCGAGUGUUAGUGUAGUUGGUGGCAGCAGGUGUCAAAGUUCGCAGGUGACGGUAGUAUCGCUCGGUGCGAGUGACAGUGCGGUGUGUGCAGGUGGCGAUAACGCGGACCAACUGCUGGCUGCAUCGCAUGACGCCGUGCUGGUGACGGUUACGAUCGAGGAUAGGACACUGCUCAGCAUACCCCCGACGACGCCACCGGGCGCGGACAGUACCGAGUCCAGUGCCGACGCGGUUCUACCGCCGCUAGACCACGAGGAAGGCGAGAUGGUGCAGAAAAAGUUACUAGUGUCGAAGGGCGGCCCCACCGUCGAUUCGGCCGUGCUCGAUAGUUCCCCCUACGUCUACUACAUGGCAGCGAUGGCGCGGGACGGGGCGCGCACCGCAUCGUCGUCCGCGUCCGGCGGCAGCAGCGGUCAGUGCUCGCCGAGUGACAUGCUCGACAGUGGCACCUGUAGCGAUAUCGAGCUGACGCCGCCACCACUGCCGAAAAAGAUGUCGCAAAUACUGAAAUCGUCGUCCGCGAUAAAGAAGAGCAUGGGCGCGGACGGUCUCCAUCAGCCGGUGUCACCUACACAAACGCCACCGCCGGUUACUACGGUGACGGGGCCGGUGGGCAGCACCGUGCUGCGACAGUUUUCGCCGGUUGAUAAGGUGACGGAUAGCGUUAUCAAUCAGCAGGGCCACCACAACCACCAUCAUCACAUCGAACUUCAGCGGCUGGCGCAGCAGCACGAGGAGGAACGGAACAGACAAAACGAACACGGAACACAUCAAACGUCCGUUGAUUUGACGCCCGACAGUUUCGCCGCGCGGCAGCAGCAACAGCAGCAACGGCAGCCACCAUCCCAGCUCGGGUGCAUCAUUGCGACCGAUAGUGACGGAUCGGAAUCGUGUCUGAGCUGUGAUUCGCUCAACUUCGAGCACCUGUCGAGUUUGCAGCCGUUGGCGGAGAUUGGCGGGUCCACCAUCGCGCACGCCACGGCGCUAGAGCCGGCCACAGCCGUACGGGCCAGUCCGACCGAUUCCAGCACGGUGAACGGUGAGCCGACGCAUCAGCUACGGCCGAAACUGCCGGCGUACCUCGGGGCGAAGCGGGACGGGCCGAGCGUUUGCAUUCUGCCGGACUCGCUGCUGGCCGCCAUCCGUGGCAGUCGGCCGAAGGUGUACUGUACGGACGACGACGAUAACGACUCGGUCGACGGGGAGACGCACCGGAAACGUUUCGCCCCCGUCGGUCCCGGCCCGAACGAUGCGCCGGGUACGCUCGAUCUGAGCAGCCUCGCGUCCGCCGCUGCCACCACCACGACCACCCGGUCCAUCCUGAUGGACAAGAUCAACAGUCUCGAAUGCGGCAACCGGAUGCACCGGGCCACCGAUCAAACGGACCAUCACCACCAACACGACCCAUCAAGCAACUACCUCCAGCAUAUGCACCCCACCGCCAUCAACGAUCCGGCGGGUGUGGCGCGCGCCCAGAGCAGCUGCUCCGCCGGAUCCUUCACGACGGAAAGCGUGCGCAGCAAUCAGUUCGAGAGCGAUCGGUACUACAAGUUUCACAUCAACGAGCGGGGCCGGCCGGACGGUGGUGCCGAACCGGGCAGCAGCUCGCCGGAAACCACCCCGUCCGUGGUGGACGACGACGAAAGCUUCGCCGGGCUGAAGGACCUGAGCAACGGCACGUCCACGAUCCGCAGCAACAAGGGCACGGUACGGGGCGUGAAGAACCGCGUGCGCAACGGUAUCGCCACCUUUCUGCAGAUGCAGCAGACCGGCCUCAAGAACUACAAGGACAAGGAGGCUGGCAAGGUGGUCGUCUACAGCACCAGCAUGGGCAUCGUGCGGGAGACGUACACGAAAUGCAUGAACGUGAAGCAAAUCCUGCGCACGCUGCUGGUCAAGUUCGAGGAGAAGGAUAUAUUCAUGAGCAAUGAGUAUCAGCAGGAGAUUAAGGAGCGCAUGCAGGUCGACACGAUCAACAUUCCGCAGGUGUUUGUGGAUGGGCAGCACAUCGGGGAUGCGGAAUGUAUCGAGCGGCUUAACGAAAGCGGUGAGCUACGGAAAAUGCUGAAACCCUACAAGUGUCUGGAGUCGCCCUACAUGUGCAAGGUGUGCGGGGGCUACCGUCUACUACCGUGUCCGUCCUGUGGCGGUUCGAAGAAAUCGAUCCAUCGGAACCACUUCACCGCCGAAUUUGUCGCCCUCAAGUGUAUGAACUGUGACGAGGUCGGGCUAGUAAAGUGUCACAACUGUUGA